GCGCAUGAUAGGCAGUGUUCACGGUCGUGUCUAUAUUCCGCUGUAUCGCGAUACGCUCGUACACCGCACAUUGAUUACACAAUGCCGAGACGUUACCCUGCUCAGGUUGAAGCGUCGCCUUGCGCGUCCGGUCGUGAUACCAUUAGCUUCGUUGUUACCACCGUCCAGUCGCUGUAGCUGGCAAGACUCGCGGAAACGCGAAAGAAGACGCUACAGACUUCCUGAAGGGCGACAAUAUGGAGGACAUACCCGUGUUAUGGAGGACAUACCCGUGAUCAGCUUUGUUGUGGUGAUUCCGGCACCGCUGGAAGGAGAAUGGGUCAAGCGGAUACUACAAUGAGUGGAGGGAAGCGUGGGCGCAUAGUACAGUAGUGCGCUGCAAGCGGCAGGGCUUGUGGUGGGAAAGAGCCAGACAUAGCGAUUGGACGGUAGCGAUGACUGAAGCGAUGCAAUCAAGGCCGGAUGGCUCAUGCUACCCAUAGCAGCCCAUUCGAUAACUAGCAGGUUACGGCUGCGCAGCAGGAUUCUCUGCUUGGAGACAAGCUCGAGGUGCGGAGAUUGGGUGAACUUGCCAAGGAUCCAAGGACGUCAAUACCGCCAUCGUCGGCAUUCGAAGAGAGGGCUGUCCUUUCUCUAAUGCAAGCUCAACGACCGACUCUGGCGUAUGUCAUCACACGGCAGUGACCGGAACGAGACACCGAUACUGUCCGCCUGCUCUACUCCUCGUCGCAGCCAACACUGCACCGCUCCUUUACAACGCAAUACAUGGUGCACAGCACCUGUGUUGCUCAUACCCUCACAUCGACACGA